GUCACGCUUUGUGUCCUCCCUCGUCCCUCCCCUCGGCUGUCUCUGCCCACUCCUCCGCCAUGCACUGACCCAGACUCUGCGCUUCAUCAUCACCGCCAUCAUCCUCAUCGUCAUCGCGAACAAUAGAGCGAGGCUGCAGGCCUGAUCACACGCGCGAGUGUAACGAUGAUCAGCGGCGUCUGAAGCGCACGGAAGAAACGCGGCAUCGCUUCAGACUCGAGCAAUCGGCGAAGAUGGCGAACGACUCUCCGGCGAAGAGCCUGGUGGACAUCGACCUCGCGUCUCUGCGGGACCCUGCUGGUAUUUUUGAGCUGGUGGAAGUGGUCGGCAAUGGCACUUACGGACAAGUGUACAAGGGUCGACAUGUCAAAACUGGGCAGCUGGCGGCCAUCAAAGUCAUGGACGUGACUGAAGAUGAAGAAGAGGAGAUUAAGCUGGAGAUUAACAUGCUGAAGAAAUACUCUCAUCACAGAAACAUCGCCACGUAUUACGGCGCCUUCAUCAAGAAGAGUCCUCCAGGACACGACGACCAGCUGUGGCUGGUGAUGGAGUUUUGUGGAGCCGGUUCGAUCACAGAUCUUGUGAAGAACACUAAAGGGAAUACUCUGAAGGAAGACUGGAUCGCAUACAUCUCCAGAGAAAUCCUCAGGGGUCUGGCUCACCUGCACGCUCAUCACGUCAUCCACAGAGACAUCAAGGGCCAGAACGUGCUUCUGACGGAGAACGCCGAGGUCAAGCUAGUGGACUUCGGCGUCAGCGCUCAGCUGGAUCGAACCGUGGGCCGCAGGAACACCUUCAUCGGGACGCCGUACUGGAUGGCUCCGGAGGUCAUCGCCUGCGACGAGAACCCAGACGCCACGUACGACUACAGGAGCGAUCUGUGGUCCUGCGGCAUCACAGCCAUCGAGAUGGCCGAGGGCGCUCCUCCGUUGUGCGACAUGCAUCCCAUGCGAGCGCUCUUUCUCAUACCCAGAAAUCCUCCACCCAGACUCAAGUCCAAGAAAUGGUCUAAGAAGUUCUUCAGCUUCAUCGAGGGCUGUCUGGUGAAGAACUACACGCAGCGGCCGCCCACCGACCAGCUGCUGAAGCACCCCUUCAUCAGAGACCAGCCCAACGAGCGGCAGGUGCGCAUCCAGCUGAAGGACCACCUCGACCGCUGCCGCAAGAAGCGCGGAGAGAAAGACGAGACCGAGUACGAGUACAGCGGCAGCGAGGAAGAGGAGGAGGAGACUCAGGAGCAGGAGGGAGAGCCCAGCUCGAUCGUGAACGUGCCGGGCGAGUCGACUCUGCGGCGGGACUUCAUCCGUCUGCAGCAGGAGAAUAAGGAGCGCUCGGAGGCUCUGAGACGCCAGCAGCUCCUCCAGGAGCAGCAGCUCCGCGAGCAGGAGGAGUACAAGCGGCAGCUGCUGGCCGAGCGACAGAAGCGCAUCGAGCAGCAGAAGGAGCAGAGGAGGCGUCUGGAGGAGCAACAGAGACGCGAGCGAGAGAUGAGGAGGCAGCAGGAGCGAGAGCAGAGGAGGAGAGAGCAGGAGGAGAAGAGACGUCUGGAGGAGAUGGAGAGGAGGCGCAAAGAGGAGGAGGAGCGCCGAAGAGCAGAGGAGGAGAAGAGGAGGGCUGACCGCGAGCAGGAGUACAUCCGCCGGCAGCUGGAGGAGGAGCAGAGGCACCUGGAGAUCCUGCAGCAGCAGCUGCUUCACGAGCAGGCCAUGCUUCUGGUGGACGAGCGUCACCGCAGGAGUGUGCAGGGCUCUCCUCAGGCUGCGGUCCUGCAGAAGCAGCCUCCGGCCGUGCCCCUGCAGAAGCAGCCUCCGGCCGUACCCCUGCAGAAGCAGCCUCCGGCCGUACCCCCGCGGUCAUCAGAGCCCUUCUCCAACGGCAGCAACAGCAGCGACCCGCAGGAUCUGACGGCGCUGGCGAAGGAGCUGCGUGCGGUGGAGGACGUGCGGCCGCAGCACAAAGCCACCGAGUACUCGUCCUCCAGCGACGACUCCGGCACCACCGACGACGAGGACGACGAGGAGGUGGACCAGGAGGCGGGAGAGGAGUCGACGUCCGGCCCCGAGGACUCCCGCGCUGGCUCGUCCAGACUCAGUAAUGGAGAGAUGGAAGCAGCCAAGACCAUGGUCGUCCAAGACAACGACGCCUCCUCUACGCCAUGCAAAGACAGCACGCUGGUCAUGAGACAGUUCCAGAGAGCAGGGCCUGUGACAGUGCUGGGCUCAGGCUGGAGUCCCAGUCCUGUAGAGAUUGGGCAGAGGAACUGCAUUAGGGGCCUGCCCGACCUGCUCCAGCAGAGUGCGCGCUCCCCCCCGUCCUCCUCCGCCCCCAGCAGCCCUGCCCUGUCCCCCCUCACUCCCUCGGACAGAGUCCCGUGCCUAGCCGAGACUCCCACCGUGCCGAAGCACAAGUCUUCCUCGUCUUUCACGCCCUUCAUUGACCCGCGUCUCCUCCAGGUCUCUACAUCCACCGGCAGCGCGCUCAAUAAUGCUGGUUACAGUAAUGACGCUCGACUGCAGGAGGCUCUGCGGCAGGACGCGUCUCGUAAGGGAUCGGUGGUCAACGUCAAUCCUGUCAACACACGGCCCCAGAACGACACGCCAGAGAUCCGCAAGUACAAGAAGAGGUUCAAUUCAGAGAUCCUGUGCGCUGCUCUCUGGGGAGUGAAUCUGCUGGUGGGCACGGAGAGCGGCCUCAUGCUGCUGGACCGCAGUGGUCAGGGCAAGGUCUACCCGCUCAUCAGCCGCAGACGCUUCCAGCAGAUGGACGUUCUGGAGGGACUCAAUGUGCUGGUGACCAUAUCAGGGAAGAAGAAUAAAUUGCGGGUGUACUAUCUGUCCUGGCUGAGGAACAAGAUCCUCCAUAAUGACCCGGAGGUGGAGAAGAAGCAGGGCUGGACCACCGUAGGAGAGCUCGAGGGCUGUGUGCACUACAAAGUCGUGAAGUACGAAAGGAUCAAGUUCUUGGUUCUGGCUCUGAAGAAUUCAGUCGAGGUGUACGCCUGGGCUCCCAAACCCUACCAUAAAUUCAUGGCUUUCAAGUCGUUCGGUGAUCUGGUGCACAAGCCGCUGCUGGUUGACCUCACGGUUGAAGAAGGCCAAAGGUUAAAGGUCAUCUACGGGUCCUGCUCUGGCUUUCAUGCCGUGGAUGUGGACUCGGGAGCCGUCUACGACAUUUACCUGCCAACUCACAUUCAGAACAACAUUCAGUCGCACGCCAUCAUCAUCCUGCCCAACACGGACGGCAUCGAGCUGCUGGUGUGCUACGAGGACGAGGGCGUAUAUGUCAACACCUACGGCCGCAUCACCAAAGACGUGGUGCUGCAGUGGGGCGAGAUGCCCACGUCCGUCGCUUAUAUUCGCUCUAACCAGAUCAUGGGCUGGGGAGAGAAGGCUAUAGAGAUCCGCUCGGUGGAAACAGGCCACUUGGAUGGAGUUUUCAUGCACAAAAGAGCACAACGACUCAAGUUUCUGUGUGAGAGAAAUGACAAGGUGUUCUUCGCCUCGGUGCGCUCCGGGGGCUCGAGUCAGGUGUACUUCAUGACGCUGGGCCGCACCUCUCUGCUCAGCUGGUGAAGAGGCGUCUGAGUUCUGGACGUGAUCAGCCGAGGCCGCUGGAGGACUGACAAACACACUGAUGAAACUGCGUCCUUGUGCAGCCUGCUGCAUGAGGAACGGCUCGAGUAUCUACAGUAUUAUUGCUAGUCUGUGUAAAUGUCUUUCUCUAGAGUUUAAUAAAAUCUGACUCCGCUGAGAGGAACGCUGCUGUCGUGUCUCUCGCUCACACAUAGUGUUCUGACAAUGGUGAAACACUAGAUGGCUUUGUUUUGUCAUGUAUUUUUUAUUUAUGGCUUGUAUUUAUUUCUAGGGUUUUUUUUGUUUUGUUUUUUGUUAAAUUAGUUUUUUCUAAGCAGAGUAGUUCCAGUAAUGUGGAGGAUUCCUGAGAGCUUGCUCUGACGACCGCUGCGUCAGCUUCAGUUUUGCUUUUGGCUCAUCAAACAAAUGGAUUUAGAUUAAUUAGUGUGUUUAAUGCCGACUGUCCUGUGGCUCUCUGUUGCCUCUCUUUUUCAUCAUCUUGUCUGCUCUCAUGCCGUCUCUUCUUUUUAUAGUCACUUAUCCUCUUUUUCUUCUGCCAUGUGUCGGAUGACCGUGGCCUCAUUCCUGUUGUUUGAAUUGUGCAUCAAAAUGAUGAGUGAAGGAGUUUAAAUCAGGCUGUUUAACGAACAUCUCCACUGCAUCCAAACCUCGACCCUGACCCUGACCCUGACCCUGACCGUCAUUAUGUUCUGAGGAGCGUCUUUGAGAAACCGUGAGUGAAGACUAGUUCUGCUAUUUCAUGCAUUGGACCUGGAAACUGAAUCUGAACUGACCACAAACCACAGUCAUAAAACUGACAUUUGAAUCGUUUUGUACGUUUUUUUGUGCGCUUGACCAAUGAAGUUAGGAGAUACGUGGAUUUUAUCAGCAUCACAAACGGAGAAGUAAAGAUUGCUGUGAUGAAACACUACCUUCAGUCGGUUGUGAAAGACCAUCUUGGUCAUGGACUGCGAUUAUUAUGAGUUGAAACUGAACUGUGUUUAUUUAAUGAAAGGCAGGACUGUGGAAUGAAGCAACUGAACCAAAUGAACGGGAUGAGCGUGCACGAGUCCAGAGACGCUUCCGGUGCCAAUGCUUUUCUCUUUUCUCUUCCUGUUUUUAACGUUUACACGCUCACCCGCACACGCACACACAAACAGACACACACACACACAGACAGACACACACGCACACACACACACUCACCUGCAUGUGCGCGCACACACUCUCUCUCACACACAGACACACACAUUUGUUUUUGUGAAAAGUGGGGACGCUCCAUAGGCGUAAUGGUUUUUAUACUGUACUUACUGUAUGUGCUAUUGUCCUACACCAACCCUACACCUAAACCUACCCCUUACAGACACACACACACACACACACACACCAACCCUACACCUAAACCUACCCCUUACAGACACACAUACACACACACACAAACACACACCAACCCUACACCUAAACCUCGCCUUACAGACACACACACACACACACACACACACACACACCAACCCUACACCUAAACCUACCCCUUAC